CCGCAUGAUUUGAAAAUUUCUCUUCUUCUGCGCCCAGAACUUUGAACGUAAUAAUCAUAGUUUCGUUGAAAAAUAACACGAAGCUUGCGGCUUGAAUCCGGCUUUCGAUUUCAAGCAUUACUUGAAAAACCUGUUUCUCUCUUUCAUAUGGCGGUCUGUCGUAAACAAGUCUCUUUUUUUGUGAUUAUCCAUUCGAGAGAUAUUUUCUUUAUCGAAUGGACCCUUUUCCGUUUCGCAUGUUGUAGAAUCUAUCGAGAUCUCCUCUCCUUGAGACAUGCCGUCAAGUCAGGAUAAGUUAGUUGAAGUUGACAUGGGUAAAGAAAGCGAGGCUGUCGGCAAUGGCGACACGACCACAAAAACUGUGACAUGCGUUGUAAAGGUUUCUCCUGAACAAGAUAGCUGUUGGUCCUGGUUGGUGUGUUUUGGAGCAGUCUUGUCAAAUGUUAUCAUCUGCGGAUUCACGUAUAGUUAUGGGAUCUUGUUUCCUGCUCUCUUGGACGAAUUUCAGCAGGGGAAAGCUAAGACAGCUUGGGUUGGUUCAAUUGCCAUGAUGGGCCUUGGACUUUUCGGACCUUUGGUCGGAAACCUAUAUCAUCGCCUGGGUGCGCGAAUUGUGACACUUUCGGGAACAUUGAUUUGUGUAGCUAGUCUCAUUGUGACCUCAAAAGUGACGAACCUCUACGUCAUGUAUUUCACUUAUGGAUUUUUGUUUAGUUUUGGCUCCUGUGGUGUAUUUAUACUAACCUACAUAAUGGUACCAAAGUACUUUACGAAGUGGCGCUCGCUUAGUUUGGGUCUCAUUGCUAUGGGGCCCGGUGGAGGUUUGUUUAUCAUGAGCCCAAUUGUACACGAGCUCUUCAAAGCGUUCGGUUGGCGAGGGACUUUUUUAUGCAUGGCUGGUAUUGUAUUUCUUACAAGUGUCCUGGCUUUCGUUUAUAAACCAACAGUCGAGUCUGGAAAGAUGGACCUGAAUUCACAACAAAAGGAGAACAAGAAAUUCUGGGACAUAUCAAUCCUUAAACACAAAGAGUUUGUUCUUUGCACAACUGCCGCUGUCUUGUUUUACACCGGGCAUUAUACUCCAACCGUUCACAUGGUCCGUUACUUGGAGGAAAAGGGAUUUGCAGAAGUGACAGCUUCACGUUUGUACAUUUACAGUGGGAUAGCUUCCUUACUAAUCAGGCCUGUGAUUGGUCGAUUGAAUGACUUUAAAUGGAUAAACAUGUUGCACAUAUAUUUCAUAGCUGCUGGCCUUGAAGGGGCCUCUACCUUGCUCUUCCCUAUGGCAACAACGAGCACGCACUUUAUAAUCUACUUUGUGGUGUAUGGGUUGGCCGAUGGAACAUUGGGCUGUGGGUUUGCCAUUGCUGUGUUGAACAGUCUUCCAGAAAAGUUGAAACCUCUAGGAUUCGGGCUUUAUAACUGCCUUAGCUGAAUAUCCUCAGCUUGUGGUCCAGGUCUUGGAGGUCUCGUAGCUGAUAUCAAGGGAUCCUAUACCCCAGUGUUCUACAUGGUUGGUGCAAUAAUGUUGGCUGGAGCAGUCAUAAUCUUCGUCGUAUCAUGCAUAAAGAAACCGGCGCCUGAAAAAUCGAACGAGAAGGAAGAAGUCACUCAGUGGGAAUCACUGAUAGUUGUUGAAAAGUGCUCUGUUGUUUAGUUUCUUGAUUUGUUUAUUAGGGUUAUUGAAUAGUGAAUGAGACAGGUGUAGGGUGCCAUCUGCAGCCAACCGUAAUUAACCUUACCUGAGGUUGCUAGUGUCACCGUCGGCGAGUGAUAGCAGAAAUGAUGCUAUGUUUUAAACAUUAACUUGUAUGAUAAUAAAAUUCCUAAGUUCUGCAGAA